ACGUGCUCCUGCCUGUAAAUAAACUUCGAAUGUAAACAAACGGGAGAGGAAACCUUUGGUGUAAGAUGAUACCGGCCACUCUUCUUCAUUUCUCCUUUUUCUUCUUCUUCCGUUGGUGAGAGAGAUGGACAAGGCUUCCAAGGCGAUCCGCAGGUCGGGCGUGCGCCUGAAGAGCAUGUCCGGCGGGCAUGGGGCGCUGCAGAUGGUGAUCUCACAGCUGGGUGAAGUCAGGACUUCACUCAAGGCAUUUACCCAGGCACAAGCAACAGCCUCCGAAGACACUAUGCGCUGGGCUGCAGCACAUGAGAACAGGGCCAUUGCAGAAACAUUCAGCCACCUUGCCGAACUGUCCCUUGUGUGGACAGAUGUGCAGAGGGACUUUGCGGAACGCCUGAAGGAAUAUCGAUCGCAGUACGAGCUCGUCCUAGAAGGGGAGAAGCACGUAACGCUUGCUAGAGAGACCUUGGCCAGCCGGGAACAGCGAGAGGCCAAACUCCGCAAGGAAUUGAAGAAGGCAGGCAAGAAGGCUCCGGCAGAGGAAAUUCGGCUCUUGAGGGAAAAGUUGAGUCAGGCGGAGAGAUCAAGGGAUCUUUCGCAUCUGGAAGUGGUGGAGCGUGUAGCAGAGAAUGAGGCAGUGAAGAUGAUCCGAGUGAAGGAGGGUUUGCUCAAGGUAGGAGCAGCAUACUGUGAACUCGCACAAAAGUGUCUUAUGAUCUUCACUGCACAUAUGAAUGUUGCAUCAGAGUUGCCAGAUGUGCAUGACCGAGACCUCCAUGACGUUAAAUAUACAGGUGCAGGAGCCGCCAAAAAGUUUGUUCAGCAGGCCAAAGAACAGGUCCGUGCAUAUAGGCAAGACAGUCUCUCUCACAAACCUCCUUUGCCAGAAGACCCUCCUCCUCCAUAUACUCCUUCAGUGGAACACUUGAAUGACCUUUCUGCCAUCACUAAUCACAAUGGAACAAAUGACUCUUCCGGAUUCAAUUUGAACAACUCGUCACUGAACCCAUCUGCCCCAAGAGCCUCCCUCUCGUCUCUGAGCCCACCCAAGCCGGAGCCCCGAAGUGGUGGUCACGGCAAAAGGAACCAACCCACUGGACCAGGUGCCUCCAAUGCCAACUUUGAUGCUCCACCACAGUAUCCUGCUGCAGGCCAUGCAUACCCUGACCUCCAAGACUUCCCUGCAAUCGACAUCCCUAACUCUCCCUCCCAUAUGAAUCCUCAGCCUCCCACUGCACCAGUCCAUCCCACUUCUCCACACUCCACCAGUGCCCCCAACUUGGCCAAUGAUACCCCAACACACCACGGAGUAAAGUACCCUCCCCUCAAUGUUGGCGACAACUCAAGUUAUAAUGACACUUGCUACCAACCUGACACAUCUUCUUCAAGCCCAAACCUCUCCUCCCAUCGACAUUCAAGCAUGACCAGCCCAGAGAACUCUAAUCCUUUCAACCCCUACUAUGACUGGCUGCCAGACAGGAAUGGAAAGAAGAAAAAGGAAGAGGAGGACACUUCAGGCUUCCAAACAUCUACUCCUCGAAACACAAGUAAUGCCGAGGAGGGGCAAGAGAACCAGGAGUCCAGACCUAAUCCUCCAUCAGUUCGACCAAGAACAGGUAGAAACCCUUUCCUCGAAGAUUAUUCUGAUGAUGAUGAUAUUAAUGACUGUGACCAGGGAGAGGAGAGUUUAUCAGGUGCCUUAAGAAAGUCAUCUAUUAGAUAAGUCUGGAGUAUUUGUCACUGGAGAAGUAGACAUACUAUAGGCAACUGAAAGGAUAAAGCUGAGUAGAUGAAUUUGAUUAAGAAAAAUCUAGUAACGUCAGUAUGGAUAAGAGUGAUAGGGAAGGUAAUCCCCUCAUAAUAUGUCUUUAUUUGUGAUAAACUCAUUCAUUCAGAUAAUAGGAGAAAUAAUUGUAUCAUCUUUUGGUUAUGUAUACAGUACAUACUUAUGUCAUUUAAACCAUUUUGUAGAAGUCAAAAGAAUGAUAUACACAGUUGUUUUAUAGCACAAUAUGGAUAUCUAUUCAGAUCUGAAAUUAUGAUUUCUUAUUUGAAAGAGGUCUUGUUAUUUAUGGUUUCUCUAAAAGUGUCUUACAAAUAUUGUAUCCCUUGAUAUUUGUGCCUAGUUGCCAGCUAUUCCCAAGUAUCAUAAGUAUCACAAAAAGUAAGCAUAAGAUGGUAAUGAACAAAUUGAUGGUUGACUCUAGAGUAAGGAAAGUAAAUGUAGUGGUAUGAACACUUAAUGUACAAUAACAAGGACAUUGGGUAUUGUCCUGUUUUUUUUCAACAGUGCACAGAUCUAGAGCACAAUAGGUAAUACAUUGAGCACAAUACUCUGUUAUAUGUUCCAGCGUUAUCUAAUCCAAAAUAUAAAGCUUUUAAAGUUGCUUUUAUGGGCAUAGAUAGACAUUCACUGCCAUGUAAUUUCUAUGAUAAACAAUGCCCAGUGGCUGCUGACUCUGCUACUUAGCUAUGCAUUGAUCUCCACUCUCAGGUACAAGAUUUUGUCAUCCCUGGCAUGUCAGGUCCUGUAGCUGUAGGAAUUGACCCCCCCCCCCCCCAGGUGCUACUAUGUGUCAAGUCAUUAAUUUUGUACCUAUUGUGAAAUGACUUGCUGAUCUAUGUUUUUAUUUUCUUAAUGAAUGAUUCAUUUUUUUCUUAUUGAGAAUGAGAGGACAGACACAUUUGAAAAUAUGAUAUGCUUCUCUUUUGCUUUAAUGUUAGCUUUGCUGUUAUCUACAGUUGAUCCUUUUAUUAGUUUCUUUAUUUUUCUAUUGUAUGAGGCUUAAAAGUGAUCACCUUUGUGUAGGCAGGCAUGGUGUCUAAAUGGUUAAAGUGCUCGCCUCGUGACGCCCUCAUGAGGACCCCUAGUUAAUGAGAAGACGACUACCCUCAGGCAACCCAGCUGCCAAGAAAGAACAAGGUGGCUACAGUGGGGUGUUGACUGAAGACAGGUGUUAUACAAGUUCAAUCCUUAGUGAGCAGAGAUAGUGGUACAUAAAUCAUUCUGCCUCAAAUUUUGAAAUUUGUUUCUAGAUCUGCAUUUUUUCUCUUGUGUUUUUUCCUAACCUUUGUACUUCUGUUGAUAUAGUUUAGUUCUUGUCUGGACCUGCAGUGUCUGUUGCUAUAAGCCCAGUGGUGUGAAUUAUUGAUGAUUAUCAAUUAAGACAAAGGGCUUCAUAUAUAUCCUGUUUGCAUGUUUUAUUUUGUGACCUUUCCUGAAGGGUGAGUGAUAGGAAUGUUCUUAUUUUCAGUGUUUUCUUACAGUUCCCAAACAAUGCAAUUUUUUUAAUGGAAGUAAUUGAUAAUAUGGUUUUUGUAAUAAGUUAUAUUUUAUUUUAUUCAGCAUCAGUUUAAAAUUCAGUAGCACAUACAAAACCGAGAUUAAGCAGUUUAACAUAAAAGAGGCAAAAGUAAAAUGUUUACAUUUCUCUGCUCUUUUUUUAUGUUGACUUUACAUGCAUUUAUUCAUAUUACAAAUCAUUAUGUAAUCUGUACAUGGAAACUGUUAUGUUGUUCCCCAUAUGCCUCUGGCUAUGUUCAAGUGCUUUAAAAAAAAAGAUAAAAGAUAUUUUAGUGCUAAUAAAACAAUUGAGAUAAUUUUCUCAACAUUUCAUAGACUUGUGCCAAUUGCACUCAGUUAAGACUUAGAGAUCUGAGUAGUUUCAGAAGGAGAAAUGGGCUGUGAAAUUUUCUUGUUCAUUGCUUUACUGUCGGGUAAUAUUUUAGGAGGAGAGAAUCAGACAAAAUAGAUGUAGAUACUUCUAACUUGCAGUCUAGAUGAAGAAAUUGUAUGGUGUUUAGUGGAAGUCAGGUUAUUAUCACUUGUUCUUUCUUUCUUUUUUACUUUUUUUUUCUUUUUUACAUCUUACUUUAUUCUGAUGAUCUUUUCCUCUUUUUCUACUUCAUUUCUUCAUCUUCCUAUUGUUUAUAUCUAACUAUAUCCUCUGCAAUUUAUUUUCUCUUUCUCUUUCUAUUAUACUUCUACUCUAGAUUUUUUCACUUUUCUCUUUGUCCUUUUAGCUAUUUAACAAGACAAAACUGUGUCUAAAUUUAUUUGCUUUGAUAAUGUGAAACUAGUUUGAAGUAUAUUUUGUCUUUCAUUUUAUAAAGAUUCGAACUGCAUGUUCAGACCUAUAUGCAGUAAGCAUUAUUAAUGAUUGUUAUUUGUAUUCUGCUGGACAGUAACAUAUAAGUGAUCUGAAAUUAGCUUUUAUUUUAAUCGCAUUUACAUUUAAAAACAUAUUUGUAGCAUUGUAACUGCCCUUAGUUGCCACAUGCUUGGAACUUAAUGGAAUUGUCAUAUUUUAAGAUGUCUUUGUAUAUCAGAGAGCAAAGAAUGUAAAUAUUAAAAAAGGAAAAAAAUCUUUGGCUAUGAUACUCAUAAGACAACAUACUACAUACAACUAAAUAUUAAGCUUCAUUUCCUAUAUUAUUGCAUUAUUUCUAAUGUAUUAGUAAUCAAAACAAAAUAUUAACUAUAAUUUUUAAUUUUAGCUUAAAGCACUAACGAGAAAUGUUACUUAUUGCUACAAUAUGAAGUAAUAUUUUUAGAUGUAAGCAUUACUCAUUUUCUGUUCAAGAACAUGUUUGCUCUUUCUCACACACUUUGUGAAACUCAUUUUAUACAAAGACCUUUUGUGUUCAUUAUAAUACUAACUAAGCUAGGUACAGAAAAUUACCAUAGCACACUACUGAUUAAUCAAACUCCGAUUUUUCCUUUGAUCUGUUCUUCAAAGGUAUAAGUGAUGUCUUCCUCUGAUUCAUGUUCCUCUUCAGUGUCUUGUUAUUGAGGAUUAUUGUAUUGAUGCCCCACGUUUUGCAUGUUUCUUGAUUUGUUUUGGUUGCAUGUGUUUGUGAUGUGCAAGAGAGUAAUUCCAGACUGGCACAUUUUGGCAUAAACCUGAUUGAUUAUUUUGUGAAUUUUUAAAGUAAUUAUUAGUGAUGAGAGGAAUAUAACUUUUUCUUUUCUUUUCAGCAAGGAUUUAUUUUCAUUAUGAUUUUGAAGUAAAAUCAUUUCCAUUUCUGUAGGUGAUUUUCCUGGAUACAAAUUUAUAAUGUAAUAUUUAUACACAUAAUUGAAAGGAAAAAAAUCAAUAGUUUAAGAAGUUUGAGUAAUAUACUAAAUUAGGUAGAUGUGUUACUUAUUUGUAAGUAAUAUAAAUAUGUAUAUAAUAAUCAUGUUAGCAUAUCAUUUUGAUGCAAAAAUAAUGUUUAGAAUUGUUAUCACAUUAAUUAACUGAUGUAAGCAUUGCAUCUAAUAAUACAGUGUUAUUUUUGAAGGUUACAUUUCAGAAAUCAGUGCUGUAUAUACCUUUUUUUAUGCAACCAUACAUUUUUUUUUUUUUUUUAUCGUCCUAGACAUAUCAGUCAGAAAUUAUAACUAAUAUAAAGUAGGAUUUUGACAAUUCUUAAAAACAAAAUCAGCUACAUCCAGGGCAAGAGACAUCAUUUGUAAGAAAAUGACAAUCUUUAGGAGCUUGUGCCAAAAAGUAACAGUAUUCAAGGAUGUCAGUAUAUUCAGGUUUGCUUGAGAAGUGAAUAAAAAUGUUCAAGAAUGUUUAUAAAUGUUUUGAGGAAUGUUUUUUACUCUUACUAUACAUAAAUGAAUGAUUCUUUGGUAUGACAAAGAGGCCUAAAUAUUAUUAGGUAUUUACUUGGAACAAUAAUAAUGUAACAUGACUGGGUAUGUGUUAUUUCAUAUAAUUAUGUCUUUCAUAGUCUUCACUUUUGUGUACAGUCUGUGAAGUAUUAUAUGUGCAGUCAUGUGCAAGUGAUGUUGAAAUUUGAGUAGCAAAUGCUCACACAAAUGUGAUAAAAUAAAAAUCAGGUCACAGUAAGAGCAAAAAAUUAGAAGAGUAAAUCUUCAGACUGUGUCUCUUACUUUUUAUAUUCUUACGUAGCAGGUACAACAGCUCAUAAUGAUGCCUUGAGUGCUCUGAGGCUGCUGUUGUGAAAUUAAAUAUUUGCAUAUGAUUUCAGAGAAAAGAGAUAACUGUAUAAAUUGUCUUUAGAUUAUUUCCAUGUAGCCUCUAAGAAUCAUUACAAUUUUUAUUCAUGUAUAGUAUACACAUGUAAAAUACCUGAAUGCUUAAUUACAGGCCAAGAGAAAAGAAAGAAUGAAUCUUCUUAACCUUUAUUCUGAAUGGGUUUUCUAUACAUUAAAAGGAAUAUAUCCAUAUUUUUUUUUGCAAUCAGAAUAAUUUUUCCCUUUAAAAAUCUUGAAACCGCUGUAUAUAAAAAUUAAAUUAAUCCAAUUACAUUGGGUCCCAGACCCUUGGUAAAUGGAUAGAGAUAUAUAGCCAGAAGACAUAAAAAAGGGGUUUCCUUUACCUUGGGUUACAAAAGUAGCAUAAACCUUUCUGUCAACAAUACUUCACUUCUGUUAUCUAAAAUAGAGAUGUUUACAAAAUAAAAUUAUGUCCCUGACAGCAGAUAAUAUAAUCUCAAACACAUACCAUACAUAUGAGAUGAAAUUGUAGGUGUCAAUAUCUCUUGAUACCACCAGUCUAGAUGGU